GACAGAAGUCAGUUCAAGAGAAUGCUUGCCCCACUAGUCCUCCUCCAGAUUGUGGCGCUGCCCUGGUUGGCACGCGGAGAUCAGCGGAUCAUAAAUGGGAACACUGUCAACAUAAAGGAUGCCCCAUGGCAUGCCUCCAUCAUAGUCAGGUCGCAACUGCAGUGCGGUGGUGCCAUCAUCUCAAAGAACUACAUCCUGACUGCCGCCAAGUGUGUGGAUGGCUACAAUGCCGGGGACAUACAAGUCAGGUUGGGCACCAGCAGCUGCGGAACCGGUGGAUCGAAGUUUGGCAUCUGCGAGGUUAAAGUUCAUAGCCAGUACUCCAAUUGGCGCUUCGACAAUAACCUGGCUCUAUUGAAAACCUGCGAGCAACUGAACGCCACCGAUGAAAUUAAACCCAUUGAGAGGGCCAACAAAUUGCCGGCAGAUAAUUCUCGAGCCAAUGUUACUGGCUGCGGCUCCAGAUCGGGUCAUUGGAUUGACCUUAUUUGGGACAGGAGGCUUAGCAGGAGCAGCGGGAUACAGGAGAAAUGUUGGCGACUGCCUGUCCAAUUGCACGGCACUCAGGUGCAAAUACUUUCCCAAAAGCAGUGCGCCGCAGACUGGAGCGGCAUACAAUUUUACUUGCUCACGGGAAUCUCGGACCUGACCAUCUGCACCAAGUCGCCGGACAAGGGAGCCUGCUCCUCAGACAAGGGAGCGCCGCUGGUCAUCGACAACAAGCUCGUGGGCAUCCUCUCCAGAGCGGGCUGUGCCAUCAAGCCCGAUGUCUACGCAAAUCUCCUGGGCCACACGAACUGGCUGAACUCCAAUACGAAGGAUUAGUGCCGUAGUUGCUGUGAAUAAUAAUAUUUAUGGUGGAAGUGCCUUCUCUAGAUGUACAUGAGCUUAAGUAAAACACAGAAUAAAAAAGAACAUUGCAUAAAA